AUGUUAGCUGGGCGAGGGUGGUUCACACCUGAAUGUGAAGGUCAUUAUGAAUCGCGAAGUAGCUUCUCGGAUCAAUAUCUUCCAAAGCACACGGCUGCUUCGCAAGGAACUCUCAGCAAAUUGUUCCAGCCCAACCACACCGAAAGACUCCCAGCGACAUCCACCAAGAUAGGAGAAUCGGCAACAUCAUUUGCAGAAGCGUACGGGAAAUUCUUCAAAAUUCUUCAUUACGAUGACUCCAACACCGUUCAAUUAUAUAAAAAGAAAUCUUCCACAACCAAGCGAAGCUUAUCUUCAGGAAUAUCUUCGGAAACCUCCGCACCAGUGGGAGCACAACGGCCUUCUACAUCCAAGAGCAUUAAUGAGCUCUUUGCAGUAAAAGUGUUUCACCACUCCCAGACCCAUCACGAUCCGAUGCCUACCUUUCCUCGAGAUCAAGGUCGACCUCUCUCACCAUGCCAUCCUAAUAUUGUUUUGGUUAUCGAUAUUGUCUAUAAUAAGCAGGCAAAUCUCUGUCUGGUCAUGCCCUACUACACUGGCGGCAAUUUACACUCCUUUCUAAUACAAAAUGGGAAACGAAGAGAUCAUCUGUCCACCGAGGAGAAAGAUUGUUGGUAUAUUCAGAUCCUUCGUGCGGUGUGCUUUCUACACGAGAACAGGAUUGCCCAUGGGGACAUAAGACCAGAGCAUGUGUUCCUUACGGCCCAGGGGGCAGUGAAGCUAGGCGGCUUUGGGGAGGACGAAGAGGCAGUUCGAGCAAUGGCUAGAUUACCACGGCGUGGUGGCCCCGUUUCGUCGUUUUCGGGUCCUAUGUCUGGUUCAGCUCUGGGUCCUGAUUCUAAGCCGACCUUGUGUAUACGGAGAAACCUCUCGAACUUGAGUCUCCCUUAUCUUCCCCCAGAAAGGGGCUUUGAUCGUCGCGACUCUCGUCGUGAAAGCUAUGUACAUCACAACCUCAUAAACCCCAUGUCGGGAGAUAUAUGGGCAUGCGGCAUAAUUUAUAUUCUGCUGCGGACUGCCCGACUGCUCUGGUACAGUGCUCAAACUGCUGAUCUCGACAAAACCUUUGGCGAGUACCUCCACUGCCGUCUGGAACAGAACGGAUAUGGCCCCAUCCAGCUCCUAGAAGAAGUAAGUUCUAUCAAGAAUAUUGAGAUUACUGUGAAGUGA